AUGCCCCUGAUCUCAUCAUCCCGCCGAACGACGGCCACCCCAAAUCCCCGAAAACGCAAGAGAAGUCAUCCACAUCCAUAUUUGAGCGGUAACUUUGCUCCUGUCAAGAAAGUUCAACCUCUGACACCAUGCCACUACACCGGCAGCAUACCGCAAGAGCUAGCAGGGGGUGAAUACGUUCGGAACGGGGGCAAUCCGGUGUCAAACGAGGACUUGGGUCGAGAUGCGCACUGGUUUGACGGUGACGGCAUGCUCAGUGGUGUUUCAUUUACCCACACUGCCGACGGAGUACAGCCAGAAUUUGUCAACCAGUACAUCUUGACUGACCUUUACCUCUCUACCACCUCCUCGAAGCACCUUCGCACCCCCAUCCUUCCCAGCAUAGCCACUUUAGUCAAUCCAUUGUCUUCGCUCUACCAUAUUGUCCUCCUCGUUUUCCGCACCAUAUGUCUUGUCAUACUGGCACGACUGCCAGGCUCAGUACAAGCCAUCAAGAAAAUCAGUGUGGCCAACACAGGCAUCUUAUAUCACGAUGGGCGUGCUCUGGCGACCUGCGAGUCUGGACCUCCAAUGCGGAUCGCUCUGCCUGGACUGGAGACGGUUGGCUGGUACAACGGGAAGAAAGCUGAAGGCGAGAUGGAUGGUGAAGGAGGCCCGGGAUUCGGUGGGAAGGGCAUUUAUGGUUUCAUGAAGGAAUGGACAACCGCACAUCCCCGGGUUGACCCUAAAACGGGAGAGUUGAUUCUUUUUCAGUCGACCUUUGUGCCACCAUACAUUCAUUAUUCAAUCAUACCUGCCACUCAUCAUCCUCCCUCCACGCCGUCGACACCGCUCGAACGACCGACAAGACUGCUGAACGCCCCCAUUCCCGGCGUCUCGUCUGCUAAGAUGAUGCAUGAUUUCGGUGUUUCCUUUCACCACACAGUGAUCAUGGAUCUGCCUCUAUCGCUGGACCCCCUGAACCUGGCAAAGAACAAGCCUGUGGUUGCCUACGACCCAAUUUCACAGUCCCGCUUCGGUGUCUUCCCACGACAUUGGCCGCAGCAGAUCCGCUGGUUCCAGACGAAAGCGUGCUGUAUCUUUCACACAGUCAAUACCUGGGAUGACCGGAUAGUCAACAAGGCUACUGGCGAAGUCGAGACGACUGCUGUCAACAUGCUUGCAUGUCGGCUGACGUCUGCGUCUUUAGUUUUCAAUGCCGGCGAUGUCGCUGCGCCGCAGCCGACAUCCCCUGUGACCGGUGGUGAAGAGGAGCAAUGCCGCCUCUAUUACUAUCAAUUCUCGUUGGCUGAGAAGCGACAGAACAACAUUGCACAUCAGUUUGCGCUUAGCGCUAUCCCUUUCGAAUUCCCGAGCAUUCGUGAGGAUAAGGGAAUGGAUGUGACGAAAUAUGUCUUUGGCUGCUCCACCUCUGAAGGGACCUUUGGUGCAGCGCUCGGUCGUGCUGUCAAGAUCGACUGCUUGGUCAAGAUAGAUGGAGAGACCUUGAUCAGGCGAGGCAGAAAGAACACAGGUCUUGAACCUAUUUCUGGUUGUGUGGACAUGAGGUCCAUCGGAGAAGUCCUCGACUCUACGGAGAAAGACGAUCCGAUCUCAAUCUUCAAAAUGCCGCCGGGCUGGUACGCUCAAGAGCCCCGAUUUGUACCUCGUAAAGAUGGCACCAGCGAGGAUGAUGGCUGGUUGUUGACCUACGUCUUUGAUGAGUCUCAGCUGGACGCCUCUGGCGAAUGCCCGUUGGACGCAGAUAGCGAGCUUUGGAUCAUAGAUGCCAAGGACAUGAAGACCGUGGUCGCCCGUGUUCACCUCACCCAGAGGGUGCCUUACGGUUUGCAUGGCAAUUUCUUCAGCGAAAAGCAAGUCAAGUCUCAACGGCCAAUCGAGACGAUUCGAGGGAUCAAGCAAAGAGACGAGGCAGACAGGCAAUCAAGCUGGUGGCUCGCUGUCCGAGACGGGGUUGAGAAAUUUAUUGGGUGA